GAGAGAGACCUGGGACGGACACGCUGAAACGUUGCUCCACUUCUGCAGUCUCAAUAAGGCACCCUGUCGUCGCUUGGAUGAGGCCGGCAUCGAAACUUCGAUAGUAUCAACACGGAGAGGACGAAGCGAAAUUCAAAAUUCAUCCGCAAGAAACAGCCAACGGCGGCGUCGUACGCGACGAGAGGAGACAUGGAGCAUGGCCUCGGGGACUUUGCCUGGGAGAGCGUCGAGGAGCUAGGGGUUGGUCUCGACGCGCAGAAGACCCUCGCAGAGUCUAUCAGGGCAAAGACGCUGGAGUUCGAAAGUGAGCGGGAGGCCUACAUCGACGCCGCCAAGCAGCUGCUCACGCCGCCGCCGCCACCAGCAGCAGAACCACCCGCAGCAGCAGGCACCGGGGGAAGCGCGGAGGAAGAGAGCAACAAGAGCAGCAGCGGCGGCGGCGAGGACGAAGAGGGGCGGGGCGUGCGACGGCUCGCCGACACUCCAGGUGGCAACGCUGAUGGGCGUCGGCGGCUGCAGCUGCGCCGGCCGCGGUCGGGCAGAGGGGCGGCGCCGAAGGCGUCGUCCGUGCGAGAGGCUCGCGAGGAGCAACGCCUGGCGAGUGAGGAAAUUCGGACCUUGCAGAACCGGAAAUCGGAUGCCAAGGUUAGGCUACAGGCCGAACGGCUGAGGUCCUCACAAACGGGCUGA